AUGAUACAACAUGGCUUUACUCCAUGCGCAUCGGCUACAUCAAGGGAUACACCAACAACAAUAACCUACUUGUUCAGAGUUUCCAAAGAUCAGAGAUUAGCCGAACAGAUGAAACAAGAGGUUCUCUCUAUUGGACAACACCCACACUAUCAACCAUCCUUUAAAAGUUUAUCGAUGGGAGUGCCACAGACAAGUGUAGAAUUAAAAUUGAGACAUGGUGGUAUUGAUACAAAACCACUCUCAUGGGCACAAGAUGAAUCUAUUGAAGCACAUAGAGAAGAAUUGGAUUUUGAUCCUGUUGUGUUGGAGUGCACUGAAAUUUACUUGGACAAUAGAAGUUUUUAUGAACAUGGAGCUUCUCGUGAGUGGAUGACUUUCUCUGCUGAAAUUCUAAAGCCAGCCAGAUCAUUAAAGCCAAAGACUUAUUGUGUUGGUACUCCUUCUCAAGAAAUUUGGGAGAAAACUCUCGAAUCCUAUUUAAAGGCAAUUCGAAUGGAUGAUGAAACUGUUGGAAAGGAUAUUAAUCCUGGUCUAUUUGUGCUACCUGAAAACUUUGUGGAGAAUGUUGAUUCAACUAGGUUUUUCCUAGAGUUGGAUUUACAAGUAGAAAGAGACUGUAUUGAAGUUGUUCGUCCAUUACUUGGUCAACUACAAAAAGAUCUCAAAGCAUCCUAUAUGAUUAUUCUUCCAAUCAAUAUGGAUAAUGAUAAGCCAACUGUUAUUGAAUUAAGAAUCAUGCUCUCAUUUUCUCAUUCCUCCAAUAUCGACCCAUCUCAACUAAAAGCAAUUUCCAACCAAUGCAAGAAUUUAGAUGGAAGAUUAAUUGUUUUUGGAACUAGUGAAGAGGAAGAUAUCAACAAGGCCAAUCAUUUCGUAGAAUUGACCUCUAUCACUGAUUCAAAACUUUCCAUUCUUCACUCCAAACAAGCUGAAAACUCUAUUCUUGCAGGCUAUCCUCUUCAUCCAUUGAUUAAUACUUUGACUCAGAAUGAUCAAUUACAAUAUCAAAAGAAUUCAACACCUUCUUCGUCCUCUCUGACGCCUCGAUCCUUUAGUAAGCAACAGCAACAACAAAAGGAACCAACAACUCCAUCCCGAAUACAAAAAGAUGGUGGAUUCUCCUAUCAAACACCAAAUAAUAAUGUAAAUAAUUCAAACAAAUCUUUGGAUGAGGAAAUUGAAUACUUUUCAUCACCAGAGACUAGUAUUGAUAUGGCUCCUAGUCCGAUCAAGAAUGAUUAUCGGAAAGAUCCAGAAUAUUCUCCAUCAUUAUUUACCAAAUAUCCUUCACCAACACCUGUACAAAAUUUUGAUUUGGAUUGUAAUAAUAUUGAUAAUAAUCAUAAUAAUAAUUUGAUGACAUCAAAAAGAAAGGAAGAGGAGAUUUAUGAUAAUUUAUUCGAUGAUGAUGAAGAAAAACCAAUUUUAAAAUCUAACAGUUCAUCAGCACCAUCACUAAUUCAAUCAAGUACAUCAUCUUUGAAUCGACAAACAGAACAAUCAUUUAUACAAGAAACAUUUCCAUCAACUCCUAAACGAUCGUCUCCUUUUCCUAAACGGUCAAAUGUUGAAAAUUUCUCAACACCUAAUGCAUCCAAGUUGGAGAAGAAAUCUUCCUCGAGGAGAAGUCUUGAAUCCUUAAUGGAUACAUCCACAAUGGAUUUGGAACAAUACGAGCAAUUUAAUGUAGAUAAUAUUAUAAUACCAAUUCGAGAAUCAACAUCUAAACAAUUAUCAAGUUUGAGGAAUGAUACAAAUGGAAAUUUGGAAACUCCAGCUGUAACUAAAGUUGAGAAGAGACAUCAGGAAUUAUUUCAUCAUUAUCUAGAGGAAAAAGGGGAUUUGAGGAAUGCAAUGCUAUUACUGAAUCAAUUCCAUAUGAAACAACACAAAAUGAAUGUUUUGAAUUUUAAACUUAAUUCGAUCAACUUGGUAGCUAACUUUGCCAAUGCUGUGAAUUCACAAAAACUUCAACUAGAACUCCAUAAGAGUAAAAAGGUUGUGGCUAAUUUAAAUGGAAAAGUGGAAUAUCUCAAUGAUACUGUAGAGGGUUUAAAUCAGGAAGUUGAACAACACAAAUCUUCUCUCUCCUCUUUCAUGCAAAAAUAUUACAAAACGGUGGAAGAGCUCCAACAAAAUCAACUAGUUCAGAGGAUGCAACUAGAUGAUAUAAUGAAGUUGAAGAGCAGAGAGGGAGUCACUGUAGACCUACUCAUCCUUUUUGCAAUGAGUUAUUUGGUACGAAAAAGUAGAAUAUUCCACAGAUUUUUAAAGUUUAUUUUCAUGUUUCUUCCUUUCAAUGGAAUAGUCAUUAUCAUUUCGAAAAUUCUGGCAACGAUUGGUUUAAUGUUGUUAUCGAGGAAAGCUGCCAUUAAAGUAGGUGUUCAUGCUGGGGCAACGAGUGUAGCAUAUGGACUCAUCCAAACUCUACAAUUUUCAUUCAAUACUGUAAAAUCAAUUUUCCAAUUGUUGAAAAUUGUUCCAUCCUUAAAACCCCAAAAUGAUGAUGAGAAGAAUAAAUAG